UAUGCGGUGCUAGUAUCAGACCUUUGGUUACUCAUAUAAAAAGACAAAAAACAGUUAAUGCACAAACCUUUUUUUUUUUUUACCCGGGAAACAUCUGGAGUGGAUAACAAAGAAAAUAAAGUAGCCCCAUGUACACACACUUUAACUUCAUUCGUUUUCAAGAUUCUCCCGUAUUCUUCUUGUCUCCAAGAUUCAACCUUGUAAGUACUGUUAGAAUCUUGGGAGUCUCAGUGUCUUGAGUGAAGGAAUUAAGAGCUAUGAGUUUUGGGUCUGAAUGGAACUUCUCUCAAGUCUUUGGUGAACAAACUCCUCAUGAAGACAUUCAAGAUUGCGAUAUUUUAUCUGCAAUGGAGUUUGACAAGAAUGGUGAUCAUCUGGCUGUUGGAGAUCAAGGUGGACGUGUUAUGAUUUUUGAGCGGCAGGCUGGUAAAGAAGAUCCCUUUGAGUACAGUUCUCGAAGUGACUCUGGUCGGUUCAACCUUCCACAAAGGCAGCAUCCUGAAUUUAAAUAUAAGACGGAGUUCCAGAGUCAUGAACCCGAGUUUGAUUAUUUGAAGAGUGUGGAAAUCGAAGAGAAGAUUAAUAAAAUCAGAUGGUGUACGAAACUCAACAGUUCAUUAUUUCUUCUUACAGCAAAUGACAGGACGAUAAAACUUUGGAAGAUCAAGGAACAGAAAGUAAAGAACGUUAAACAAAUGGUCAUCAAUCCAUCUGUGACGUCAGAGAAUUCUCUUUUAGCUGAUAGAAGUUAUACAAGCGGACAAAGUGAACCAUCUCAUGCUAAUGGUAGCAGUCUAGAAUGGACUAACAAAAUGAACGGCACAUCGCCAUCACAUCUUGCUGAUAUCACAAAUGAGGCUUCUAUAAGAUCUCGGAGAGUGUAUGCCAAUGCUCAUGAUUUCAACAUCAAUUCCAUCUCAAACAAUAGCGAUGGUGAGACAUUCCUUUCUGGGGAUGACCUUAGGAUAAACGUAUGGAACCUUGAGGUUAGCGAUCAGUGUUUCAAUAUCAUUGACAUGAAGCCGAAGGAUAUGGAAGAUCUUACAGAGGUGAUCACAUCAGCAGAAUUCCAUCCACUUCAUUGCAAUUUGUUGGCUUAUAGUAGUUCGCGGGGAUUCAUCCGGCUUGUUGACAUGAGGAAGUCCGCACUAUGUGAUCACAAUGUGAAAAUAAUGCAAGAUGGGAGGACCCAUGGCUCUAAAACACUUUUCAGUGAGAUCAUUGCUUCUAUAUCUGACAUGAAGUAUGCAAUGGACGGAAGGCAUAUUUUAAGUCGCGAUUACAUGACUCUGAAGCUAUGGGACACUCACAUGGAGACUUCCCCAGUUGCAACAUAUAAGAUUCAUGAACACCUCCGCCCUAAGCUUCCUAAGUUGUAUACGAAUGAUGCCAUCUUUGAUAAGUUUGAUUGUUGCCUGAACGGAGACGGACUUCAAUUUGCAACUGGAUCUUACAGCAACCAUCUUCGCGUAUUUUCUUGUGGAACUGGGAAUGAAGAUGGCAUCACAGUGGAAGUCAAAAAAGAACCAAAUAGAAAACCGACCUCUCAAACUACUUCAAGGCCACGAAGGUCAUCAUUGAGCAACUUAGCACGAGGAUUUUAUCGCCAAGGACAAGAUAUCUCAGAAAAUGAGAUUUCCUGUAAUCUGAAGUCCAAGUUGCUGCAUCUGGCUUGGCAUCCAACACACAAUUUGAUCGCUUGCUCUGCUGGAAGCAGCUUGUUCAUGUACCAUGCAUAAAGUGCUAUGAAGAGGACUCAGACCGAUAAUCUUCCUGUAAAAAAAUAUACUAUAUUUUGUCCCUGUCAAUAUAACGCGUUUGUGAGGCUGGCUAGUCAGCUUGAUCUAAUCUUACUGUUAGCAGUCUGCCAUUGGAAGUUCUUGAAAAAACUAGCAAUUCCUUAAAAAAAUAAAAGGAAUUGCUUUUACAAGAUAGCAUAUAGUACAGAAGUUUGAUACUUGCAUAAACAUACUUUGUGCAUAUCUGAAGGAGAGGCAAAAGAUUUUGCUUGAUACUGUUACUUUAUUA